UUGACAGCGUGAAUUUCACCCGGAAAAUACAAUGACACAUGAGUCGAUUGUAGUCAAAGGUCCAGAAGUAGACUUUGACUUUUUAGAAAAUCCUCCUCUGUCCGAUCUCACUUUCAAUACUGCAUAAACCGCAAGGGGAUGUUGAGCAGUGUUUUCAGGUGCCUUGGAACCAAUCCUGUUGUUGGCCGAAGAAGUAUGUCUCAAAGUAGCCUGGCAGGAAAGGUGGCCAUAAUCACCGCCUCCACAGAUGGGAUCGGUCUGGCUGCGGCCCAGGCUCUGGGGAAGCGAGGAGCCCACGUGGUGGUGAGCAGCCGGCGGCAGGCCAACGUGGACAAGGCCGUGGCGCUGCUGCAGAGCCGCAGCAUCCAAGUGACGGGCACCACCUGCAACGUCGGCAAGGCGGAGGACCGAGAGAAACUGCUCCAAACGACCCUGGAUCGGUGCGGCGGCGUUGACAUCCUGGUAUCCAACGCAGCGGUCAACCCUUUCUUCGGAAACAUCAUGGACUCCACACAGGACGUCUGGGACAAGAUCCUGUCUGUAAAUGUGACCUCAGCCUUCCUCAUGACUAAGCUGGUGGUGCCUCACAUGGCGAAGAGGGGAGGCGGGAAUGUGGUGUUUGUGUCGUCUGUGGCCGGAUACCAACCCAUGCAGGCUUUAGGUCCCUACAGCGUGAGCAAGACCGCUCUGCUGGGGCUGACCCGCGCUCUGGCCCCCGAGCUGGCCCGGGAGAACAUCCGAGUGAACUGCGUGGCGCCGGGGGUCAUCAAGACCCGCUUCAGCUCCGCGUUAUGGGGAAAUGAAGACGUCGUGGAGGAGUUUAAAAAGCAGCUCAGCAUCAAAAGAAUCGGAGAGCCAGAGGAGGUGGGGGGCGUCAUCGCCUUCCUGUGCUCCGAGGAGGCUUCCUACAUCACCGGAGAGACCGUCACCGUGACCGGAGGGAUCGGCUGCCGACUCUGAUUCGACUCGACCGGUCGGCUCCGC